AUGGCUACGUUUCUUCUACUUCCACACUACAAUCCCUCAACCCCACAAUUUCCUAAACCCAAACAACCACCAUUUUUUCAUAAAAAUGCUAUUUGUCAUCCAUUAAUAAAGCUAAAACCACCAAAAGUAUCAACCACAAAUGGAGCUGUUGACUCCUCAACUCCUUCUCGCCGUGGCCGGAAAAAGAAACUGGAUACAGCUUCAUCUUCAAAUUCCGCUACUACUACAGCAACAACUAAGAGAAGCACCAAACGCUCAAAGAAAGCUGAAGCUGAAAAUGCGACAAAUAGUGAUACACAACUGUUAGACAGUGAAGAUGUGGAUGUUUAUGAUGAUGGGAUUGAUUUUCCUUACGAUUAUCCACCGUUGGUUUGCUGUUUCGGUGCGGCGCAGAAGGAAUUUGUACCUACGGUGAGGGUGCACGAUAAUCCGAUGCACCCGGAUAUGUAUUCACAAUGGAAAAUGCUGCAAUGGGAUCCACCUGAGUUCGCGAGGGCCCUAGGUGGGCCAGUGUCCAAUGUGGCGAUAGCGCAUGUGAGGCUUGGUGGGAGGGCAGCUUUUAUGGGGAAAGUUGGAGAUGAUGAUUUGGGAGAGGAGUUGGUGUUGACGAUGAAUAAGGAGAGAGUGCAGACGCGGGCGGUGAAGUUUGAUGAGAAUGUGAAAACGGCAUGUAGUUUUAUGAAGGUUAAGUUUGGUGAUGAUGGAAAAAUGAGGAUGGAGAUGGUUAAGGAGGCUGCUGAGGAUUCGUUACUUGGCUCUGAAUUGAACCUCUCUGUGCUUAAAGAGGCUAGGAUGUUCCAUUUCAAUUCGGAAGCUCUAACAUCACCGUCCCUGCAAUCGGCACUUUUUAAAGCAAUCAAACUGUCUAAGAAGUUUGGAGGGCUUAUAUUUUUUGAUUUGAAUUUGCCACUGCCUUUGUGGAGAUCACGCGAUGAGACAAGGGAAGUUAUCAGAAAAGCUAUGAGCGAAGCGGAUUUUAUUGAGGUAUCACGAACAGAGCUGGAAUUUCUCUUAGAUGAAAAGUAUUAUGAGAGGAAAAGGGAUUACAAGCCACAAUACUAUGCUGAAAGUUAUGAGCAAACCAAGGAUCGGCGAAAUUGCUAUCACUAUACCCGUGAGGAAAUCUCUCCACUGUGGCAUGAUGGACUUAAGUUUUUGUUUGUUACUGAUGGAACACUUGAGAUUCAUUACUAUGGCCCCAAGUUUGAUGGGAAAGUGACUGGAACCGAAGAUGUGCUAAUAACCCCAUUCACUUGUGAUAGGACUGGAUCUGGUGAUGCUGUUGUGGCUGCUCUUAUGAGGAAGCUUACUACUUGCCCCGAGAUGUUUGAAGAUCAAGAUUUUUUGGAGAGGCAGCUUCGGUUUGCAGUUGCAGCAGGAAUUAUAUCACAAUGGACAAUAGGUGCAGUAAAAGGUUUUCCUACUGAAAGUGCAACACAAAACCUGAAAGAACAGGUUUAUGUACCUUCAAUGUGGUAG